UGUCCGCUAGCGCCAGCAGCGACAAGGACAGCGGGAGCUGCUCGACAGUCGCUUCUCCCGCCUCUCUCAUUCUCUUGCUGAGCCCAGCGCCGGUGAGAGCUCCCGCGCGCGGUCAUUACCUCUCCGUUCGCGUCUUUCCUCCGCGAGUGCCUCCGAACGCUGUUCUCGACUUCGCUUCCUUCCCCGCCGACGCCGUUCCCCACCGAGAUGUGGAGGCCGUCGGCUCUCGCGCUGCUCAGCGCCGCGCUGCUGUUCGUCUGCACACAGGCGCUGCAGCCAUCGGGCACGGAGGCGACGCCCGCAGCGCACUUCGAGCCGCAGGUGGCCGUGCUGUGCGAGAAGGGCGCGGGGGCGGCGCAAUACCACAGCCAGUACAUGGGCGAGACUGGCCGCUGGAUGCCCGACACCGCCUCCAAGCCCGCCUCCUGCCGGAAGGACAAGCUCGAGAUCCUCGAGUACUGCAAGAAGGUGUACCCCAAGCGCGACAUCACGAACAUCGUGGAGGCCAGCCACUACCAGCGGAUCUCCAACUGGUGCCGCGUGGGACACAAGAAGUGCAAGAGCAGCCACUACGAGUGGGUGAAGCCGUACCGCUGUCUAGGUGAGUCCAGUCUGCACGCUGUCCUAGUCCGUCACACACAGUCGCUGCACUGCGGCCUCUCGGCAGGGCUGCCCAGGCAGUUCGGCGUUUUGACGGUCUAA